UCAAACAUGGCAGCCAGCCUCGUGUGCCGGGUUCACCCGGUUGUUUUAUUUAGUAUUAUCGAUUCAUACGAAAGGCGAAACGAAGACGCCAAAAGAGUAAUUGGAACUUUAUUGGGAAUAUAUGAUAAAGGAUCAUUAGAGGUAACAAACUGUUUUGCAGUUCCACAUAAUGAAUCUGAGGAUGAGGUUGCUGCUGAUCUUGAAUAUGCUAGAAACAUGUAUGAACUCCACAGAAAAGUCAAUGCUUCAGAGGUUAUAGUUGGAUGGUAUUCUACAGGGAAUGAAGUAUCUGAACACUCAGUACUUAUCCAUGAAUAUUAUACUAGAGAAUCUAAAAAUCCAGUGCAUUUAACUGUUGAUACCAGUCUAAAAAGUUCUAAAAUGGAUAUAAAGGCUUAUGUUAGUUCAACAAUUGGAGUACCAGGAAAGACCAUGGGAACUAUGUUUACACCAGUUCAAGUGGAAAUGAUAGCUUAUGAACCAGAAAGAGUUGGUGUUGAUCUCAUACAAAAGGGAAAACAUAAUCCCAAGAGAACAGUACAGAUGGUAUCUGACUUGACUCAAGUAUCCAGAGCUUGUAGUUCAUUAAAAGAUAAAUUAGCUAUAACACAGGAAUAUAUAGAGGAUAUUUUAGCUAACAAGAUUCCAGCUGACAGUAAUGUAGGAAGAUUUCUAAUGGAUUUAAUGGACAGUGUACCACAGAUAGACAAAGAUGAAUUUGAUACAAUGUUAAAUGCUAGCAUGAAGGAUUUAUUGAUGGUAGUUUAUCUAGCUAACCUAACCAAGGCACAAUUAGCACUUAACGAGAAACUGCACAAACUGUAGACUAUAAAAAAACACUCCUGUGAAUGAUAGGCUGGCUGGCUAUUUAUUUUGACAUUAUGGAACACAAACCAUUAGUCUGUACUAUAAUAAAUUAUAAAGCUGUC